AUGGAAGAUAAGGAGGAGGAAAGCAAAUCUGAGAUCCAGGAGCAUGGGCCUGAGCAUUGGUUCACCAAGUGGGAGAGGCAGUGCCUGGCUGAAACUGAGCAAGAGGAGCAGAUGCCCCCAGAGCUGCAAGAAGAGGCAGUCACUGCGCAUCCCAAGCACAAGCAGCAGAAGUUGUGGCACCUCUUCCAGAACUCGGCCAUUGCUGUGGCCCAGCUUUACAAAGAUCGAGUGAGUCAACAGCAGGAACUUUCCCUCUGGGUUCCCUUCCAAAAUGCAGCCACUGCCAUUACUAACCUCUACAAAGAAAGUGUGGAUAUCCAUCAACAAAGUUUUGAUCUAGGAAUUCAAAUUGGCUAUCAGCGACGCAAUAAGGAUAUGUUAGCAUGGGUUAAAAAACACACAAGAACUAUUCAUAGAGAAGACUUGAUCAGCUUCCUCUGUGGAAAAGUUCCUCCUCCACGAAACCCUAGAGCUCCCCAAAGACUAACUAUAGUACCCCCUAACCGAGGUACUUCAACAGAAACUAGCUCAUCUGUAGAAACUGAUUUGCAAUCCUUCAAUGAAGCCAUAGCUCUGCAUGGUCUUAGUGGAGCAAUAGCUAAUAUAAACAUUUGUUCAAAUACUCCAGGAUCUCCUACUCAUGUAAGCAAUAGAUCGAAUGCUUGUCGAAGGAGAAAUGGACUCCAUGAUGUGGAUUUGAACACUUUCAUAUCAGAAGAAAUGUCACUCCACUUGGACAACGGUGGAACUAGAAAGCGUACCUCAGCCCAAUGUGGCGAUGUCAUUAUAGACUCACCAACUCAUAAACGCAAAAAAAUGGUCUAA